AUGCCGAUCAUCCGGCCCGCUGGGCUGAAGCAGCAGCUGGCCAAACUGGCGGUGGCAACCCAAGAGGAGGUGUCGCAGACCCUCUACGUGUGGGACGGCGACACAAUCGCGCUCGGCGAUCUCUUGCCUGCGCGGAUGCCCGACGGCCGCUUCCCGCUACUGUGCAACCUCCUAGAUGUACCCAUCACCAACACUCGCCCUCACAUCUGCGCUUGUGCCUCCUCAACCAUCCUGGUCCUCACGGGCAGGUGGGGCACGCCGCUGGACUCGCCCGCCCACUUUGAAAAGAAAGGGGGCGACCUCUUGCUCCCGCCCGGCUACCGCGCCUCGACCGAGGCGCUGCUUGGCGUGACGACGGUGCCUAACGUCUCGUACGUCACACAAUGGCAGGUCUGGCACAAGCCGUUCGUGCGCGAGAUGCUUCGCGAGAUUGAGGAGCGGGCCGAGAGUGCCAACCAAGUCUGGCCAGAGGCGAUCCACGACGCCGCCGUCGCCAGCGGGCAUGAGCUGGGCUUCUCCGAGUACACGCUUUACGCCACCUGGCUGCUGCAGCGCCACCCGUCGCAGGUUCAGCUCGUCUCGUCGAGCGAAUUCAAAUGGCUUCGCGACCCGCCCUCCGGCGUGCUUGACAACGAGGGGGAGUGUUGUCCCUCGGACGAAAGCCUCUGCCAGGCGCGUCUCGGUGGCUUCCGCUCUGUGUCGUGGGAGUGCUUGCACGCCUCGGCGGUUCGCAGCCCGGCCAAGACCGCCGAACGCCGUCGGCUCGACCUCUCGCCCGGCCCGGCGCCGCCGCCUUCGAUGCCCCCGUCCACAUGCGGCGUCAGCUCUUGCACCGAGGCCGUCCUCAACACCCUCGCGCCCGCGGUGUUCUCGGACACGCUGUGGGGGAGACAGCCCCAGUUCCGUUGCGGCGCCCGCAUCGCGUGGCUGGUUGAGAAUCUCAACAUGACCGAGGGGGAGGCUUGCCGAAAGGUCGCCCGCCGGGAGUACCCCCAGGAGUGCGGCGGGUGCAGCCCCGGUGGCUGGCCGAAGCCGUGA